CUCACGAGACAUUUUAAAUAGAACAGGGAAGUGAUUUUUCAGUCCUCUCCACAAUGUGUCAACACCGCCUGGAGAAAGAGGUCGCACGUACAGACAGUAUUGUUGUUUGUGUGGACUUGAUGUCCCUCCCCGUAUCUGCUCAGGUUGUUUGUUAGUUGUGCUGUCAACACUCCCACCUCUCUCAAACAGUGAGAUAAGUGAUGGCUGUCUGGAGACUGUGGAUACUGUGUGGUAUCGCACUACUGGCUACAGAGCAUGGCUCAGGUUUAAUUAUCGAUGGUUGUCAACAAGGUAGUGUGGAUGUUGUUGAAGACUCAACUCGCUCAUUUACAUGUGAUGCAUACCGGAACAAACCAGUACAAAUUACGGCUUAUAAUGACAAGAUGGAAAUUAUUUUCUUUCGUUCUUGCAUUAAUAAAGAGUGUACACCUUGGAACGAUAAGUUUGAAUUGUUUGAACUAUAUUAUUAUUAUUAUCAAAGUAUCAAUUAUUACAAGCUAAAAAUGAACGGGAUCACGAGGAACUUAGCUCGUACCUUGUCUUGCAGCGAUUCCUUGACUUACGCACGGUGUGACUUUAGAAUAAUUGUGGCGCCGGUGUAUUCACUUGGGGACUGCAGUGUAAGUAUUUCAAACUGGAUGGUGAUCGGAAGCUGCACAGUGAAGAGAAUGUUUUCUUCAAACAACAACUACACGUGCAAGUGGAGAGAAAAUGAAAACUAUGAGGAAUUCGGGGGUUAUGGAACCACACUGAGGAAUUACACUGCUGUGAACUUAAGGACUUAUACUAAAGGUGUUUGCUCUUUUGCAAAAUCAAUUCCCAUAACUGAAGGCCUUUAUACGUACAGUGUAAGCGUAUCGCCCGGUGCUGAUGAUUACUUCCAUGAUGAAAUAUAUAUAGAUGGACCAUAUGUGGUAAAACUCAAUCACAACUGUCCUGAGUAUGUUUUUGAGGGCUCAGAUGUAAGCUGUACAUGUUAUGCCUCAAGAGAUGUAACUCCGCCAGCACUUCUAGUAUGGAAAGGAAUGAAUAACGCAACUCUUCUGCUAAAAAAUGUUACACGGCAAUUAAACAAACAAUUCACUUGUCGACUACAAUGGCGUCCAGACGGCUCCAUUAAAGAAAGCAUUUCUUACAAAUUCACCGUUGCUUAUGGACCAUUAAAUGCUGUGAUCACCAACAAUGAAAAGAAGACAGAAGAUGAGUCAGAGACGAUAAGUUUAACCUGCACAGCGACUGAUGUUUAUCCCUCAGCAGCUUUUCAAUGGAAUGUCACGUGUUCUAAUCAGACUGACUCUUGGAAUUCCAGUACAUGUUUCUUCAACUUCACUCAGAAGUUUGAAAGUCUUUCGAUAUUAUGUACAGCUAGCAACACAUAUUUUCAUCAAGAGUAUGCUUCAAAUGUCUACGUCCUUUCUUCUUCUGAAAGCCAGCAAGCGAGCACAGGUGGACCUAAUGCCGGGUUAAUUGGUGGUGUUAUUGCAGCUGUACUUGUUGUACUCAUCAUAGUUGGAGUCUUGAUUGUGUACAUCAUCAAACGAAGAAAAGGGACGCUAGACAGAGAGAGGGGUUUCUUUGGAUUUGUUUCUGACGUCCGCAAACAAUAUCACAGGGAACUUGCGAUGUCACAGCAAUAUGCUGUCGUCAAUACGCCUCAGACACAGACACAGACACAGACGCCCAUAAGACGAGAGGCAGGUCCUUCAGGCGACAUGUACACCAUCACUAAAGCAACCAGUUCCGGUCACGUGGUAGAUGAAUAUGCAGCGGUCUGUAAAACCUCCUUCAACAACACCGGUGGAACAGAGAGUGAUGGCGCUCACCAGACGACUCAAAAGACGCAGCAACCAACAACAGCAUCGAAACCAACAACAAAGCCAACGCUUACUGUAAAUAGCAGGAACGUCCAAGAUUUGCAUGGUACAGUUUAUAUGAAUGUCACUGAGGUGCCGACUGACUCUGGUUUGGGUGUGUACCAUGUAGUUCCCUGGGCAACAAUGUCUGGAUCACCUCUACCUGACACAAACGAAUAUUCAUUACCGUCAAUUUCUGAAGAUGAGUACAAUGAACUACAUUUCGAAGAGGAUCGAACUGGACAAGAGAACCAAGCCGAUAACUACCACCAUCUUCAAAUCACAUAACAUCUUUUUCUGUGAUAUUUUAAUCUGCUGCUGAACUUACUUUUAUUCUCUUCCCUACACUGUCUUUAGCAAGACUCUCGUAAAAUAAAUAAUACAAUCUCAUUAUUGACAGCUGUCACUGUUAUAAUAAGUCUCAUCCUUCGAUUUUGGAUGAACAAGCGAAUCUAGUCAUGAAAACGUUUUUUUAACGACAUCAACUAUUAUUAUUUACGUUCAAAAGCCUGCAUACAUGGGAUGUCAACAUUGACAUGAUCAUCAGUGUUUUUUUCUCUCUCUCAGCUUAGCCAUUCUUAUUUGUCCUUUGCUGAAAGUUUCAUCUCUUUCUUUAAUCUCUUGGAACUACAACCUCUCAGCAAGGAACAAAAACAGUCAUGUUUUCAUUGUUAAUAUUUGUUUCAAGAUAACCAGAACCAAGCAUAAGAACUUAAAAGUCUUCAUUAACCACAAAAGACAAAAAGGAAUCCUUAUUAAUCAUAAUCAUGUGUUUGCAUAAAAAUUCUUAGUUUCGGUCUGGUGGCAGAUACGCGAUGCCUGAAUUCAGAAUGAACAGUCACUGGAACUUUUCUGUUACACAAGACAUUUAGUUAAUCAACUCAUAAUGUUGUGAUAACAUGACAUGAUAUAAUAUAGUGCACCAUUUGCAUCUAAUGUUGUUUCAGGUCACGUGUCUAUAUAUAUAUAAUGUAAUUAGACUCAUCAUGUUUUUACGAGUUUAUUUGUAUAUUGCUUGCCCAUAUGCAAUUAUAAAUCUUACUUGUAAUAUUCCUUCGACUUAAAAACAUUGCUAGGUAUUGUACUGCCCAUAGCAUUAUAAAUGGAAUGUCGGAGUGACAAAAAAAGGUGGGAACGACAGAAAAGACAGUUAGAAAGAUACACGUAUUCAUACAUUAAGAAAGAGAAAAUGUAAGAAACUGGUUAAUUAAAAAGUAAGCAAUAUGAAUUACAUGAGAGCCAAUUUUUUUCUGUUUUUGUUUGUUUGUUAUUUUUAAAAGUUUAUGUAUGAUUUAAAACGCGCUAUUACAUAGAUUAUGUUAGAAUUUAAUUAAUAACAUAAAUAUUGAACCAAAAAACAUGAUAUAAUAAUAAUUAUUUUUUAAAUUUUUUGUAACACCAUAAUUGUGAAAAUAAAAUAU